UCAAUCCAGUCUCGACUCAGGCAAAACAGUCUGGAAAAGGACUCCUCCUCUUCCAACUCCAAGGCCGCCACCACCAUCCCUGCGAAGUCGGGCAUCCCAAUUGGCAGCUUCAACUACAUCGUCAUAGUCGCACUCGGAACCCCCACAAAACAGCUAUCCCUCGUCUUCGACACAGGCAGCACUUUCGUCUGGACUCAGUGCAAACCAUGCACUGUCUUCUGCUACAAACAAAAACAACCAAUCUUCGACCCAUCCCACUCAACAACAUACAAAAACAUCACCUGUACCUCCGGACACUGCUCUCAGCUUUCCUCCUCCACCAACAUCCCCCCUAGUUGCUCAACCAACACCUGCGUCUACGGCAUCCGGUACGGCGAUGGCUCCACCUCCUAUGGUUUCUUCGCAUCCGAAACUUUCACAUUGACACCCUCCGAUGUUUUCCCCAAUUUCCUCUUCGGUUGCGGCGAGAACAACCAAGGUCAAUUCGACGGCGAGGCCGGGUUGAUCGGACUUGGCCGAUCUCGCUUGUCUCUCGUCUCACAAAUAUCUUCCAAAUACGGGAAUUACUUCUCGUACUGUCUUCCAUCAACUCCCAGCUACACCGGAUCCCUAACUUUUGGAAAAGGAGGGAGAAGCUCCGCUGGAUCAUCUCUGCAAUUCACUCCAUUGCUAUCGAAAUCGAAAGAUCCUUCGUUGUACUACGUCGAUAUAAUCGGAAUCAAAGUCGGUGGCAAGACAUUAUCGAUCUCUCAAUCGGUGUUCAAGACCCCCGGAUCUAUAAUCGAUUCCGGCACCGUCAUCACUCGGCUUCCUCCGGCGGCGUACGAUUCGUUGACAACGGCUUUCCGGCAACACAUGACGCAAUAUCGGAUGGCUAAACCCCUGUCGAUACUCGAUACAUGUUACCGUGUGAAAAAGAACACGACCGCUGAAGAUACCGAGUAUAAGCUGUGUUCGGCGGCAACAUCGAAGUUGUGUUUGACUACUCGGGGAUACUCUUCAUUGCAAGUUCGUCCAAGGCCUGCUUGGCGUUCCUCGGAAAUAGUAAUUCCUCCGAUUUGGUUAUUUUCGGAAAUGCACAGCAGAAGACUUUGGAUGUGGUCUAUGAUGUUGCAGGUGGGAAGCUAGGGUUUGGCUAUCGAGGUUGUUC